AUGCCGACUCGUUCGCGUCGCUCGUUGGGAGCGGCCGAUGCCGUCGUCGCCGCGGAUUCGAAUUCGACCUCGAGCUCGACUGGGAUCGCUUCGACGAGCAAAGCCACCUCACCACCACCACCACCAUCAUCAACGCUUUCAACCGAGAAGGUUGAUGCCCCAACCUCUCGGAAAUCGUGCCGUGCGUCGCAUUCAGGUAGUGCGAUCGAUCAGAAACCGGUGGUCAAGCCCGAUCACGUCGUCCAACUCGAACCGACCUCGUCCGCAGCUCCGAUCGCGAGUACGUCGACUUCCUCCUUGGCUACAUCGUCGAAUGUGAAUGCCUCGACACCGAACACACCCUCGUUCGAGCUUUCGGUACCGUCCAUCUCGGCGACGGCCAGUCGUAAGCGUCGCAAGUCGGUCGCCUUCACCCGCGCAUCUGCUCCCACCUCCGCAUCGGCAUCUACAUCGCAGCCGCCUCCGAUCGCCUCGACGUCCGGUGCACCCCGCACCUACACCGAGGAGGAAAUAAAUGCCUGGAGGGCAACCGAGAUUGAGACCAAGUCGAACGAGGUCAGUGGUGUUCUGGAUCACGAGAUCUUUCGUCGAGUGCACCGUCGAGCUGACGCGCCCUUUCGUAUUUCGCGCGCUUCACGAACCAGCUCGCCGAGAUUGUGAACCGGCACGACGACUGCGUACGAGAGCUGUUCCAUCUCGAUCGAUUCGUUACUUUGGUGGGGUUUGAUCCCGCAGUCGCGAAACGUGAGUCUCCUACCGCUCUUUUGUUCCCCUCCGUCGACCGGCUUUCCUCGUAGGCGCUCACCACCCAUGCCCCACUUGCUCGACACACGUAGAGGACAAAUCGGACGUAUUCCUAACGUUCCAAUACGACUAUGACCUCUUCACUCACGCCACCCCCGAAGCCGAGGGGACUCGACGAGGGCGCAGGGCCACUCGACGCGCUGCGAACGAUGCCAAAGCCAGCUCGAUCGGCGUGCCCGUCGUCGAAGCACAAGUAGCAGAAGAGGCGGCCGAGGUCGUACAGCCAACUUCGACUUCGACUGCAGCGACAAGUAGCUCUUCUCGAAGACGCACCUCGUUCGGUCACAAGGGCAAGGGCAAGGCCAAGGAAGAGAUCGUCGAGGAUGAUGCGGCGAUGCUGUGGCAGGCGUCGGAACUCGAGCAGUUGCCCGAGGAGGUCGUCGUCGCACCCUUCGAGGAGCCCGUGGAGGAACCGGAGCCGGAACGCGAGCUGCAUCUCAUUCUCAAUUCCACUGCGCAGAGGGAGUAUCUCAAAUUGCAAGCGCAGAACGAGGUCAAGCGUUCAGGGAGGAGGUCAAGCUCAUCUCAUGACAAGAGCAAAGGCAGAGCGAUGCAAGUCGACGGGGAAAAGCUGCCCGCCUUUGACGAGGAGCUCUGGGAGGACGAACCCGUCGUCGAUAACUCGAUUCCAGCUUCGUUCUGGCCUCAGAAUCGACCCCUGCAAUUUGGGGAUGCUCGUCUAAAGAUUCCGCCGUUGCAAUUUUCCACCCUGGCCGAACUACGACAGACGAGCGACUUCCCACUGCCGCGUCGAUCGCGCCCGGACAAACGACCCAAGUACUAUCACGGUGAAGAACGGACCGUCUACACGCACCAUCAACAAUUGCCCUUGCCCCGGCCCCAUGACGGCUCGCUGGAUACGAUGCUCUCUCGCUUCUACUUUUGGACCGAGGACAAGAUUGUGCAACCGCCUCCCGCCGAAGGCGAUAUCGAAGCGAGGGCCUCCCACGAAGCCGCGGUCCUGCUUGAGGCGGAUCGCGUACGAGCCGAACACGGGGUCCUCCACAAUCCGGAUCUGACCAAAUCGGUCGAAGCGAAACGCGAACGAGAUCAUCAAGAGAAUUUGGUCGACCACGCGAUCUAUUUCAGCAAACUCGUACACGACGAACGCAAAGCCCAUAUCGUUUUGGCCAAGAAGGUGGGCAAGAUGGUUUUGGCGCAUUUCGAUCGGCUCAAGAACAAGGGGUCGAUCGAGACCAAGGAAGAAGCGAAGCAUAAGAAGGCGUUGGCGAGAUGGACGAUGCGCGAGGUACGACGCAAAUGGAAGUUGGCGAUUGAUGUGAUCAAGGCGAGGAGGAAGGCCGCGGUGAGGGAGGAGAAGGAACGGUUGGGCAAGGAACAGCUGAACAAGAUGUUGGACAAGUCGACGACGAUGUUGCAGGCUCAACAAAUGGAGAUGGCGGGGGAAGAGGAGGAAGAGGAAGGGGAAGGGGAAAAUGGUUCUUCGGCGGAGGAAUCCAGCGACGAGGAGGGGAGUGAGGAGGAGGGGAGCGACGAAGCGGACGAAGGGAAUGUGGAACAGGAGGUAGAAGAGCAAGGAACGGAGGCAGAAGAUGAGGCAGAAUCAAGUGCUCCCGCAUCGGACGAUGCAUCAUCAGAAUCUGCAACACCUCCGACCGUCGCCCGAAGCAGACGCCUCACGAAUGGACGCCGAAACGCACCCCAGCGAGCGCGCUCACGGCUCUCCGUCUCGGUCACACCCCUCGAUCUGCAAGAUGACGAAGCCGAUGCCGACCCGGAUCUCUCUGCCGACGCCGAUGUCUUUGAAGGGGACGAUGACGAAGCUCGAGAGGAGGAGGACGCGCACUUGAUGGCCGAGAUGGAAGCUGAGGAUGAAGAUGACGAUGAUGAUAGUGAGCUUGGAGGAUUGGCAGAGGAGGCGGACAUGCCGAUCGAGGAGUUGCUCAGGCGGUCGGGCUACGCGGCGAUGGUUCAGGCUGAGCAAGAGGGUACCGGAGAUGAAGGUGACGCUGCGGAAGAGGUUGCGGAGACAGACGAAGCAGGGGCUGAAGCUCAAGACGAGGACGUCUCGAUGAUAGACGACGCUUCGGUCGCUGCCAAAGACGAGGAGGCCACGCCACUCACCGCCGAAGAAGUCGAAGCGGAGGCCAUGUCCGAGUUUGGGUCUGACAAGGUCGACGAUGAGCGGGAAGACGAAGACGAACGACUGAUGCGAGCUAUGGAAGAGGACGAGGAAGAUGCUGGAUCGGACGAUAGUGAGAUGGAUGGGCUGGUCGACGACGCCGAACUGCCGAUCGAGGAGUUGAUGCGCAAGUAUGGGUACGGGAAUGGAAACGGAAACGGCGAGGUCAAUGGAACCGAUACCUCGACGCGCGAAGCCAGCUCUGUCGGCGAUACCGAGGAUGAGCCACGCGUAAAUGGCCACGAUCAAGACACCGCCGAGACCGAGGAAGAGCGGGAGGAAGAGGACGAGGAAGCAGAGGAAGAGCAUCAAAGCCAAGAUGAAGCCGAAGAAGAGACGCUGCUGAAUGGCAAGAAGCAAAACGAGGCCGAAGAUGGGGUUGCAGAUAAGGACACGAUCGUUCUGCGACCGCCGUUCCUCUUGCGAGGCUCUCUUCGACCGUACCAGCAAGCGGGCCUCGAAUGGCUCGCUAGCCUGUAUGCUAAUGGAGUCAAUGGGUAAGCACAGCGACUCCUAUUAUACGAGUGAUUAUUAGGCAUAUUUGAGCUGACUCGAGAUAUCGUCUGCAGAAUCCUGGCCGAUGAAAUGGGUCUGGGCAAAACGGUGAGCACCGACGUUGUUCGCCUUCACCAUGAAUGGGAGCUCAUCGCUUUCACCUUCGACCUCCACAGAUCCAAACCAUCUCGUUGCUGGCUCACCUCGCCUGUGAUCGCGGACAAUGGGGACCUCAUCUCGUCGUCGUCCCGACCAGUGUCAUGCUCAACUGGGAGAUGGAGUUCAAAAAGUUUCUCCCCGGCUUCAAGAUCCUGACCUACUACGGCAACCAAAAGGAACGCAAGGACAAGCGCAAGGGCUGGAGCACCGAAAAUUCGUUCCACGUCUGCGUUACGUCGUAUCAACUCGUGCUCGCCGAUCAACACGUGUUCCGACGCAAGCCAUGGCAAUACAUGAUCCUUGAUGAGGCCCAUCACAUCAAGAACUUUCGCUCCCAGCGAUGGCAGACUUUGCUCGGCUUCAACGCUCGUCAUCGGUUGUUGUUGACCGGCACACCUCUGCAGAACAACUUGAUGGAACUCGUGAGUGGAAAUUUCUCUGGUCAGACUCGAGAGUGCUCCUGAGCUUUAGCGGUACCCUUCACAGUGGUCCCUGCUCUACUUCCUCAUGCCCCACGGCCUCAUGCAAGAUGGUAAAGGCCCAUUUGCAGACCACUCCGACUUUCAGGCUUGGUUCUCGAACCCGAUGGAAAAGGCGAUUGAGAACGGCGAGGUGAUGGACGAGGAAACGAAAGCGACCGUCAACAAGCUGCACACCGUAUUGCGACCGUACCUCCUGCGCCGCCUCAAAGCCGAGGUCGAGACGCAGAUGCCGGGCAAGACCGAGUCCAUCAUCUACUGCCGCAUGUCCAAACGCCAGCGCUUCCUCUACGAUGAUUUCAUGAGUCGAUCCCAAACUCGCGAGACGCUCGGCUCCGGCCACUUUCUCAGCAUCAUCAACUGUUUGAUGCAGCUGCGCAAGGUGUGCAACCACCCAGAUUUGUUUGAGACGCGCCCCAUCGUCACGUCGUACCAACAGCGCCGGUCGAUCGCGAACGAGUAUGAACCGACCGAACUGCUCAUUCGCAAGCGCCUACUCGCCGAGGAGCCGAUCUCCAAAAUCGACUGGGCGACCUUGACCUUAAUCCAACCGAUGAACGAGACGUCAAUGUCGACCGUCGCGGGUUCAUCGCUGCAGCGUCUCGACGCCUCGCCGCUCAUGCACUCGUUGCAUGAGCCUCCCGUCGACUUUGACCCCACCGCCGAACCGCCAAGAGACACGCUGACGGUCGCGGGGUGGCGUCGUUAUUACGACUGGCAACGGCAUGCCGCCGCUUUUGCUCGCCUCGACCGCCUCGCCGCCAUCAAUGCUCGACGUGUAAAAACCGCCGGCCCUUACAUCGGUGCCGACCUGAUCCACGUCGUCAGUGAAGUCGAGCGCCAAUCGACGCUGUACCCGACCGAUUACGAAGGUGGUGAUCCGCGCUCUGCUCUCGAGCGUUCGACAAUCCUGCCCCACUUGAUCCACUCGCGACUGCAGCGCUCCGAGAUGCUCGACAAGACGAUCGACACCUUUGCGUUCGUGACGCCCAAGGUCCGAGUCGUCGAUAUCGAGCGUCACGCUCUCGCCGGUGCGACGCAGGACGAUGUCGAAGAUUUCGAAUGGAAUGCGCUCGCGGACGUAAUCCAACCCGCAGCGGGGAAGCUCUCGAUAGCUUUCCCCGAUCGCUCGUUGCUGCAGUACGAUUGCGGCAAGCUGCAAAAGCUUGAUGAGCUAUUGCGUGAAUGCAAAGCCGGUGGUCAUCGCGUGCUCAUCUUUACGCAAAUGACCAAAGUGCUCGACAUCCUCGAAGAGUUCCUCUCCUUCCAUGGGCAUCGAUACCUUCGCCUCGACGGCUCGACCAAGAUUGAGCAAAGGCAGAUCAUCACCGAGCGUUUCAACUCGAACGACAAGAUCCUGUGCUUUAUCUCGUCCACACGUGCGGGUGGUCUCGGGAUCAACCUUCAGGGUGCUGAUACGGUCAUCUUUUACGACUCGGAUUGGAACCCUGCACUCGAUCGACAGUGCCAGGAUCGUGCGCAUCGUAUCGGUCAAACGCGCGAGGUGCGCAUUUGGCGAUUCGUGACUGAGCAUUCGUGAGUGGGCCCUGGUCUCUACGGUGAACGAUCAUGAAAUAGUUUCUGACCCCUCUGGACUCUUUGCGCACAGCAUCGAGGAGAACAUGCUCAAGAAGGCGAACCAGAAGCGUCGUUUGGACGAAAUGGUUAUCUCGGACGGCGAGUUUACGACCGACUAUCUACAGCGUCUCGAUUGGCGCGAUUAUCUCGACGAGAACCAGCUCGAAGAGCUCGGGGUAGACGCCGACGCCGAUCCGACCCAGGGUGGAGGUCCGGUACAGACCGAAGCUGAGAUCCGACAGGCUUUGGCAGCAGCGGAGGACGUCGAAGAUGCGGCGGCGGCGAGGGCGGCGAUCACGGAGUUGCAGGUCGAUCAGAGCGAUUUCAGCAACGAGGCUGUGGCUGCACCUACGACGGUCAACCAUCCUAGCUUGGAAAGUGUGAAUGGAGGGCGCGCUGAAGGGUCAGCGACGCCAUUGGGAAGCAGGGCCGAGUCCCCUGCUUUGGGGGUGGGACCGAAUGGGGACAUCGAGAUGGCUGCGGCGGCGGUCGAGUACGACCAACCGGUCGAUCCUUUGGCCGGUACGAUCGAUGGUUACAUGGUCAACUUUGUAGAACGUAACUUUGAACUGUUUGUUUGA